CGACGUCACAUGACGUACGAAUCCAGGAAGUGUUUUGGUUACACAAGGCGGAAGCGUACAAUUUACAAAACCUAAAAGUGUUUCGGAGGAAAACAGUGUUAGCGACAAACAACACGUUGACGAGUCACGAUUCCCUGAACGGGGUGGAUAUUGUUGUACGCUGCUGGUAGACCUGGUCAUUCCUCCACUGUCAUCACAAUCUGGUUCAUCCUAGUAGGAGUUUGGUUUCCGACCUUGCUCACCACCAGUGCCUGUCUGACACAGCUCCCAUCUCUACCCCCCUGGCCUGCACGUACCUGUAGAUCCAGCACACCUCAAGCCUCCUCAUCUGUAACAGUCUCUGUCUCUGUAAAUGGCUGGACGUGGUGGAGGAUCAACAAGGCCUAAUGGUGCCGCAGCAGCAAAUAAAAUCUGCCAGUUUAAACUGGUGCUGCUGGGAGAGUCAGCGGUGGGCAAAUCCAGCUUGGUGCUGCGAUUUGUCAAAGGCCAGUUUCAUGAAUUCCAGGAGAGCACAAUCGGGGCUGCCUUCCUCACUCAGACCGUCUGUUUGGACGACACCACUGUGAAGUUUGAGAUCUGGGACACAGCAGGUCAGGAGCGCUACCACAGUCUGGCUCCAAUGUACUACAGAGGCGCUCAGGCUGCCAUCGUGGUCUACGACAUCACCAACACAGAUACUUUCACACGAGCUAAGAACUGGGUGAAGGAGCUGCAGAGACAAGCCAGUCCCAACAUAGUGAUCGCUCUGGCUGGAAACAAGGCGGACAUCGCAAACAAGAGAGCUGUAGACCUCCAGGAGGCACAAACAUACGCUGAUGACAACAGUCUACUCUUCAUGGAGACUUCAGCCAAGACUGCCAUGAAUGUCAAUGAAAUUUUCAUGGCUAUUGCGAAGAAGCUGCCCAAGAACGAAGCUCAGGGAGGGGCCGGAGCAGGCGGACGGACCAGAACCGGGGUGGAUCUACAGGAAGCGGCUCCCCAGGGCCGCAGCUCGUGCUGCAGCUCGGGCAAUUAGCAAGUACAACACAAUGAACUUAGUGAGCGAGCCCUGAACAUUGAUUUAAGGACAUCACGUAGCUAAAAACAAAAAAAAAACACAGAGAGGCAGGAGAGGGCAGAGCCACUCGCCACCCCUGCACUUAAAACUGAGAUUACAGAUGAGAUUAUCUGGAUCCUCUUUGAUUAAAGGAACAUUUUUUUAAAAAGAAUCAUAAGCUAGAGGGAAUUCCCAAGAUCCCUCACUACUUCUCUUCUGUCUUUCCCCCACCCCCUGUAUAUCUAUCUACCUCCCUGCUCAUCUUCAGCCUGUCUCAGAUGAUUAAAUAGUCUUAAGUGAUUUAUUCUGGAGGGUGAUGCUGAGGUUGUUUGCUGUCCCCUCUACGAGUGUGUGUCGGUGUUAUGUAUGUGUAUGUAUAUAGUACAUAUGCAUACAUGUCAAUUGGCAGUAUCCUUUUCUACUCUUGUCAUUUCCCUCUACAUUGAUCAACAGUAUGACAAAUACCCAACUACUAAUACGGGAAAUUGCAAACGGCAGAAUCAGCGUCACAGUUUCUUGUCGUAUUGCAGUUUGAGAUCAGAGCAUUUUUGUUCUUUAACGGGACCUAAACAUGCCGCAGUUAUUAAGAAAAGCCCCCAGACUCUGCUCACUCAAAGCAGGUCAUGAUUCCAUAGGCUACACAUCUGAAGACGUCUCUGAACUGUGCGACAAAUGCAGUCGUUUGCAUUCAUCGUGUUCCCAUACCUGUAACACCAGAGAGUUGUUAGCCUUUUUUAAAAAACAAUAAAUGUGAAAAUAACUUGUAAAUCUAAAAAAAAAAAAAGAAUAAAUAACAUGCAAGAUU